AUGGGUCGCAAAAAGCGACCAAUUUCCUCUCCACCGGAUCUGUCAGAACCGGAGAUGUCUUCCGGUAAGGCAAUUGAGGAAGAAUUGCGGAGAAUUAAGAAGAAAAAGAAGAGAAGCAUGCCAUCAGAAUCUGAUGCGGAGACCGACGAUGGAGGAGUAGAGACUAGUAUGGCUGAGGCCGAAGAAGAAAUUGACCAGAGAAGCGAGGACGGAAUAUCACCCUCUUUCAUGGAAAAAGUUAAGAAGAUGGGAGGUCUUAACCAACCCAUCAUCAUCGAGUUCAUGACGAUGUUCAUGAAUGAAAUGAAGAAGGACAAGAAAAAAGAAGAGCAAGCAAGAAAGAAGAUGGCAAAAAAGGACGAACUGAUUGAGAGACUUCUCGAAUCAGUCACACAGCUGGCACAGGAGGUACAGCUCCUUAAAAAAGAAGUGGCAAGGUCCAAAGCGGCCGAGAAGCCUUCCACCGAGAAGGUUUCAAAUCUAGCCGCACGAUUAAAGGAAGCAGCGGGCCCAUCAGUGGCUACAAAAGUAGUAUGUAGAGACGAGUACCCAUCUCUGCCUCAAGCGGGAAAGCCUUCCCAGCAGCUCAGUGGAUGGAGCUUGGCCCAAAAGAAGAAGACAAAGCAGGCAACAAAGCCUGCGACAAAUGAAAAAGCAAAGAAGGCAAAUCGCCCGAAAAACCCGGCAUUACUAGUCGAGGGUGAAAAUCGGGAAAAGCUGAUGGCCACGCUCAAAGAAGCCAAGGCCGAUAAGGCUUUUACUGAGGCUGUUAAGCCUCAUGUAAAGCUGAUAAGAAAAGCUUACCGAUCAGAAGGCAUAGUCAUUGAGCUCAAUGAAGAGACCCAUGACGUAGCGGCUCUGCAGGCGGCCAUCAAGAAUGCAUGCGGAGAAACAGCCAACGUAAAGGCGAUGACGCCAAUGCAGGAGAUGGCCUGCAGCGGCAUUGAUGUCUUCACAACCGCUGGGGAGCUGGCCACAGCUGCAAAUGAGCAGCUUGGACUCGCUCUCACAGAAGAGAGCAUCUACCUUCGAUCGACCCGAGGUGGAGUGAAUGUGGCCUUCUUCAAG